CUACCGUGCUUCGACCCCUCGGGCGUGCAGGGGGCGUGCGGGCACGCGUGCGGGGGCGCGUGCGGCGGCCACCACACGUACCACACGGGCACGGACGGGCUGGGCUGCCUGGAGGGCGGGCGCGGUGGGCUGGGCGGCGACCUCGCCAUGCCGUGCCCCGGCCGCCGCUCCAUCUCCUCGGCCGUGCGCACCAUGACCACCACGGACGACUGGCUCAACAACAAGUCCGCCAGCCACUCGCCGCCCACGCCCACCGGGCCGCAGCCCAACAACCACCUGUCGCAGAGCAGGGACUCCUCGCCAGAGGGCGGCGUGCCCAUGACCAGCAUGUCCAUGACGGGCAUGGGGCCCAGGCGGAACCGCAAGGCCGACAGCGUGGAGGUGGAGAGCGUCGUCAUGGAGACGAACGUCAACUGCCGCUCCGAGCCAGAGGCUGACCCCGGGUCGCCCACGUCCGCCGCCCAGGAGCAGAACGCGCGAGGGGCGGCGCAGGGGGCGGCGCAGGGAGCGGUGCCGGGGGCGGGCCGCGGCGGCAAGCACCGGGACCGGGGGAACAAGUCCCGGCUGUUCGGCUCGGCGCGCUCGGCAGGCCUGGCGCACCCCGCGCCCCACCGCAACAACAAGCCUGGCGCCGGCCUCCUGCUGCCCAACGAGGCCGUCUCCUAGGAGGAUUUGAUCGGCUGUCUUCGGGAAAUAAUGAAACAGUGCAAUAGAGGGACCUGUACAUAUUUGCGCCUUUCAAAAGUAUCGCCUGUACAUAUUUCAAGCGAUUGUUUGUAUCUUCUCAAAACACAUGACUUUUUGAGGUGACUAGACUUUAUAUUAAACAGAAACCAUGUUACUGUACGUAUCGACAAACGGUUGGCUUAUUCCACCCGAAGUAAUGAGUCCUACUAAUUAAGUCCUAUAGAGUUAAGUCAUCGCGAUUAAGAACGUAUUAAAUUAAGUCUUCUGCCAUAAAGUAAAAAUAAAUAAUUACUGAAUUACAUAGAUAUUUUGAUAGACUCUCCCAACCUAGAAACUAGAAGCGAUUUUUAGCACCCGAGACAACAUUUUCUUCCAAUAUUUGACAGAGGAGUGUUUUAUUGUCAGCGCGCUUCAGGAGGCGUGUUUAUUAAACUUCUGUGCAUGUGAUAUUUUUCAUCGAGAGCCUGCACUGUUUUUUGGUGAACUGUAAACUUAUUCCGACGAAAUAAAUAAACAGUGCUAUAAGUA